AUGGCAGACAUCUGUUUUCAAGGGAAGUUAGCAGAAGCUGUAGAAAACCAUCCCUGCUUAUAUGAUUUCCAUCUAAAGGAGUACAGCAACAGGGAUAAAGUACAAAGAGCUUGGGAGAAAGUGGCACAAGAAUUGAACUCAUCAGUGAAGGAAUGCAAAGACAGUUGGAGGAACAUGAGAAUUGUAUUUACGAGGAAUCUUAAAUUACCCCCGUCUGGUGCCAAGGCCAAAAAGAAACCAUGGCCUCUUCUACAAGCUAUGAUGUUCCUCAAACCGUACGUGACUGCAAAAGGAAUCGAUCAGCCUAGUAACCUACCGUCUCUACCACCCACGGCGGCCGACUCAUCAGCAGCCGAGGAAGAACGUGUUGACGAUGUUCUACCUUUACUAGAGGAACCAGCUGAGGAAGGUAUAGAAGAGACCAACAAAGGAAUUGAGGCAGGAAGUUCCUGUACAAUUGGAAAAAAGAAAACCACGCCUCACCACCCCCCAAAAAAGACAGUCAAGCCAGUAAAUGCUGAUGAAGUAGUAUUGGAUUACAUAAAUUCAAAAAAAAAAGUCGUUAGUGAGAAUCCUAGAAAACAGUUUUUAUUGAGUAUACUCCCAGAUGUGGAAGACAUGACUGUACCUCAAUUCAAGAAAUUUCGGAGGGAUGUUCUUAAUUUGAUUGAUCAGAUUGAUGAACCAGCAUGGACAUAUCAGCCACCAUCGGUCAGUCCACAGUCAUGGUCGGUGGAGUCUGGACAAUCACUAUCCAAUCCGCUUCCGGUUCUACCUCGUCAAAACUACAUUGAUGAAGGAAAUGAUCGACUGUAUACUGAACUGGCACCUUUUCUUAAUAAACCCUUAGAAUAACUAACUGUUUUUGUUUUAUGUUUAAUGCGAUAAAUUUGACAAUGAUUAAAGGGUUUUGACUUA